CAUUCAAGAAACACACAUCUUCAAACUUCUUCAAAGAAAAGAAAUAGCAAAAACUAGAAUGAAAAAGACAAUGGAGGAUCCAAGCAAGAUCAUGAGAAGGUCAAUUCACACUUUCCUCCAAAAUUACCACCGUGUCACCACCGCAGCCGCCGUGGCCCUCCCUUUCUCCGCCGGUCUCCUCCUCUCUCAGCCUUUCUUCUCUUCUUCUGCUUCAACCCUUCACAUGAGGCUGAACAUGCUCUUUCGCGGAGCGGGUUUCUCUUCUUCUCACAAUUUCUUCAAUAUCUUAAGCCUUAAACUCUCACAAACCCUAUCUUCCUCUUUAUUCACUCUUCCUUUCUCCCUCACUUUCCUCCUUUUAUCCAAAGCUUACGUCAUCAAACUUCUAUCAAACAAUCACUCUGCAGAUUCCUCUGUUUUUUACCUCCGGCUUCUCAAAACUUACGUUUGUAACUUCUUCUUCCUUCUCGCUGCAAACGCCUCUGCUUUUGCUCUGUUUUUCUUAGCAUACAAUACCCUUGAAGCCUUUGGAUUCUCUUCAAGAAACUUCUACACUUUCCUCUCCGUAUCCUCACCGAUUAUCUACUCGAUUAUCAUCGCAAACGCCUUUGUCAUCUCCAAUCUAGCCUUGGUUUCAUCACCUUCUUCUUCCUCAGGAGGAUACACAAACAUUCUCAAGGCGUGUCUUCUUAUUCACGGAAGAAGUUCAACAGCAUUGGCUAUAGCUCUGCCUACCAAUCUUGGCUUAGCAGGAGUCGAAGCCUUGUUUCAGUAUAGAGUCUUGAGAUCUUAUUACAAAGGAGACAGAGAUAUCACAUCCAUAGCUCUUGAAGGAACCUUCAUAGCUUACUUAUACGCUCUCUUCUUGGUUCUUGACACCAUAGUCAACUUCCUCUUUUACCAGAGCUGUAUCAAGCACGAGGAGGAUCAAAUGAUCGGUAGAGAAGACGAGUAUUCGAUCAAGAUCCAAAUCAGCGAAACAGAGAACACAAAGAUACACAUCAAAGGAUCAAAGAAUUUACAAGAAAUCUUGUGACUUUCUUGAUUUGGUUGAUGUAAUUAUUGAUUAUAAAAAAGUGAAAAACUUUAUGAGAUUAUUGAUUCUUUAAGGAUAAUCUCAAGUAGCUUUCACUUCAAAGAAGGGCAAAGGUAAUAAACAGUAAAGAACAAU